AUGGCGCUGCACAACUCGCUGAACGGACGGUACAGGCCCCUUCUGAACAUACCAUGCAUGGUGGACAGGUCGUACACGCAGGGUAUGGGCCAACACUUCUCCUUGCGGAACGCAUCUCACAUAAUUGGCACCGGAAGCAACUUUGGAUAUGUCUCUUCUUUUAUCCAUGAGCAGAACGAUGAGAGAGAAUUGACGGAGCUCGAAGACCGUGUCAAUGCUUUGAAGGAAGUCGUUGCGUCUGAAGAGUCUACUACAGAGAUAAUGUCAUACUCUGAGGACGAGCUCCUGCGAAUCUACGAAGACCUUCUCGCGCCCACGACUAUGCCAUCCGUACAGGAGUCCCAGCCAGUCCAGGACCCUCGUGCUCAGGAGAAAGAUAGCGAGGCCGUGCGGUGCAUCGCCGAGAGGCUUCUGGAAAGCGAUGCCCUUGCUACAUCUUCGACGUCCACGCUGUCAUCGCAGGAAUACCGCCCGGUUAUUACGCGCCUGCAGGAGAUUGCCUCAAGCGUCGAGACACUGCGGCUGUCAGUGCCAACCUUCGACAGCAAGGACAAAAUGAAUCAGGCAAGCCCAGCGGAGGUUCCGAUCGGUCUUCUGACGAAUGCGGAAUGGUCGUCGCUGACACGCACAUGUGUGACCGCUAACGAUGGUAGUGCUGCGGAAGCUGUUCUGGACGUUAUGAAGCGAUUCGGGGCCUCGAAUGUCGAUGAGUGCGCCAUCGACGUACUCUCGCUGCAUGCUUCCGCUGGUGACGUUGCCAGCGUCGAACAAUGUCUCCAGAAGUAUGCCGCACCCUCGCUCACCGACGUGCAUCGCGAUCUGCAUGUGAAGGCGCACGCCAAAGCGACGCCCCCAACAACGUUUCCGACAUCGACCCUCGACCUCCUUCAUCACUACGAAGCUCUUGGCACGCCCGCGCCUCAGAAGUCGUACACCCGCGCGAUCACUUCUCUUCUCUCCACGCAGAGCAGACCUGCGCAAGGACUCGCGCAGGCAUGGGACCUUUUCGCACACAUGCGCUACGUUGCACACCCACAGCCAGACGUGGCACUCUACACGCUCAUGUUACGUGCGUGCUCGCACCGUGCCGUGCCCGCGGAGCCAGAGCGCGCGUUGGAUCUCUUCACGGAGAUGGUUGUGGAUCGGCAGCUUACGCCGACUCCAGGCGCCUACGCAGCCGCGGCAUAUGCGUUCGCGCGGAGUGGAGAGCGGCGGUACGUGCAGGAGGCGUUCCGGCUCGCGAAGGAGAUGCUAGACGCGAAUCGCGAUGCGCGCGGGCGUAGCGCGUUUGCAGCGGAUCGCCGCCUUUUCGGCGCCCUUCUGGAGGGCGCGAAGCGUAUUGGCGACCUGACACGCACGAGGUGGAUCCUGGCGGAAAUGGUGCGGGAGAUGACGCAGAGGAGCGGAGAACAGGAGGUGCUCGUCAACGAUUUGAUCAUGACACACGUGUUCCAUGCAUAUGCCGCGUUCAAGCCGCCUUUCAAGCGGUCGGCGACGCUCAUAGUUGACGAACAGGCUCCGUCGGAGCCGCCUUCUCUGGUACAAGCCGCUGAACAUGGCCAGCCGCCAGGGUUAUCGCGGACAGAAACAGGACUGCCCCUGACAAGCCAAGGCUCUCGCUUCUCCCACAUCCCGCCUCAGAGUCGUGGAGAGGUAGCUCGGGAAGCCAAGCUUCUCUUCACACGCAUUGUGGAGGACACUCGUGCAGCGCCCAGCUCGUUGGAUGGAGAUGGGGACACCAUCGCGAGCAGGCCGUUUCGUCAUGUUCAACUCACUCCUCGUCUACUCAAUGCGUAUCUCUCCGUGCAUUACGUACAUUCGUCAUUCGAUGAGUGGAGUGGACUCUACCGCACUCUGUUCGACGAAUUGGACGUCCCACGGAACCCAAAGACGUAUGUCGAGGCACUCGAGCGCUGCGCGAUCUCUCAAAAAAGCGAACGUCGUAUGGCGCUCAUGCUAGCCGACGAAAUAUGGGUGGUAUGGCAGGGCAUCGAAGAAGCCUGGCGUACCCGUGAUAACGUACAGCAAGACGAAGCCAUCAAGAUGAUUGAUGCACGCCUAGUGGAACGGGCAAACGCCGCUAUGAUACGGAUCCUUGCACUCACGAAGAAUCUCUCUCGUGCUCUUUCACAUGUGAGGGCCUUCUCCGAUCACUAUCCCCCUUCAAAACUCUUGCGGAUCUCACCUAAGCAUCCACUUCGAUCGUCUCGUGUUGUACUCUCUGGUGCAAAACCCCUCGUCAGACUGACUAGCACAGUCAAUGUGCCUGACGACUCCGUGCCACCAUUGCUUACAUUUAAUGAGCUGGAGGUCCUGCACCAUCGCCUGCUCGCUGUAGGAGAUCGCGUGGGCCUCGGCUAUCUGAAGUGGUUGUGCAAGGCAUACGAGAACUUUUUGCGGGAGCGGAGAGAUGCCACCAUGCGGGCCAUACCCGAGGGCUCAGACUCGGAGAAGCCGGAUGAUGUUUCACAGCCUUCACAUGAAUCCUAGACAUAUUCUAUGUGUGGCAGCU